AUUCUUAACCGAGUAUAACAAAACACAGACACUCAACAAUGGAUGACUUUUAUUCUUCUAUCUGGCUGCAUCAUGAGAGCCUUGAUGAGAUGAGGCAGAAUCUGCAGAACACUCUGUUCGAGCUAGAGACACUGAAAAUGGAAGCCAAUGAGAAAUCAAGAACACAUACAGAAGAAGUCAACCAGCUUCUCACUCUCCUCAAAUCCACUCAACAAGAACGAGACCAAGCUAGACAACAACUAUCUCAGUUUCUCACCCAAACCCAAAACUCUAAUUCAAGAAGCAUCACUGAGUCAAACAGCCUCUCUCGUGACGGAUCUUCUUCUCCUUCUUCCUCAGAACUCUCCAGCUUCCUCAACAUUCAUCCUCCUCAGCCGUCAAUGAUCCUCAACGAUGCAAUGGCUCAUAAACAUCAUCAGCUCGAACCUAUGGACGCUCUCGUGAUGGGUAAAGCUUUUCCUGAAACGGGGAAGCUAUUAAAAGCGGUGGUGGAAGCUGGACCGCUUCUUCAAACGCUUCUUGUCGCGGGACCACUGCCGAAAUGGGUAAACCCACCGCCUCAAACGCAAUCGCAGCGUUUUGAUUUACCUCCUCCUUUCUCGUUUAAAGGGUCUGAUGUUAGUAACAGCUCGCUAACGUGUUCUGGUUCGGUUAUGAGAUUUGGGAUCGGUUCGAGUUCGGUUAUCGAUCAAACAAUGUUAAACGGAAAGAGGCAGAGAUUAGAGUAGCUAAUCGAUCAUUUUACGAGAUUUAUCAGAGCAGUAUUGUAAGCUGGGUGAUUAUUUUUGUCCCUUCUUUAUGAUUCUAACUCCGGUUUGAACGGUUCGGUUAUUAUGUCAAAUUUGGUUCAGGGUAAUAAAUUUGU